CAUCACUCACUUCGACUGUUAGAGACCUAACGUUAGGCUGAGUCGAAGAGUUGAUCAUCUGUAAUUAUCGAAAACUUUACACUUUUGAUAAACCUUACCAAGACAAUAUGGAUAAAGAAGACAAAAGACUCGAGUUCUUGGAAAAUAUUAUUUUGAUGUCGAUGAAACUCAAACGAGAUAAAUGGUCGAAGUGCAUCGCGUCGGAACAAAAUCGGAACAUCAUCCGGGACUUUUUUGAAAACGUCAACGUUUGCAUCCUUUAUAUUUCAGCAAGGACUGCAGGUCAACUUGUUGUCACUCUCGAUUUUCCACGGGCAUUUAAAUCGACUAUUUACUUCCUUAAAAGAGAAAACCUGGAAAUAAACACAGACAAUGUCCGAAGGCUUUUGGUUGGAAGCUUUGUCAGCUCGUCUGUGAACGCAAUGGCGGAAGUCUCCGAGGUUGUUCAUCUGAUAACUAAAAAUGACAUGAAGAAAACAGACAUAGGGUCAGACGUGUCUCAACAAGCUCACAUGAUGAAGAAUGUGAUAAUCAUGCUGAGAGAUCGCCUCAAAGGAAAGACCUUCCUCCCACUACCUGACUAUACAGACUUCCUGGAGAAAUCUGACUACAGCAAAUUCGUACAUGAUUUUGAGACCUUAAUCAUCGACUGGACCCAUCAAGUGACAAAUGUUUUGAGCCAAAUAUCAGCUCAGCCAAUUCUUGAUGGUCUGAACCCACUUCCAAAAGCAGAGUUUGAUUUCUGGAGAGACAGACUAAUGAAUCUGGAAUAUUUAAAUGAACAGCUAAUGGACCCGAAGAUGCUGAAAAUGGUAGAAACUCUCGAAACUGCAGAAAGCAGUUAUAUGCCAGCAUUGAGAAGUAUCUACAACGAUGUUAAGGAAGGCUUAAAAGAAGCCCAGGAUAUAGUCAUUUACCUCAAGCCACUGCAGAAGAUGCUCGAUGAAAUUGAACAGUUGGAGUAUUCUUUGUUGCCUUCAUACUGUAAAACCUUGAUGCACACAGUGGCUCUGGUUUGGACUAAUUCAGAAUACUACUGCUACCCUGAAAAGAUCAUAGUCAUCUUACAGGAAAUCUGCAAUUUGUUCAUUGUUAUGACAAGAAACUUCUUAGAUCCGGACAAAGUAAUGAAAGGUCUAGAUGGAGAAAUUGAUGAAGCAGCUGAACAAAUCAGAAUUAGCAUUGUGACUGUAGUUACACUUAGAGAAAGCUAUGAGCAGUGCAAACUGGAUAUGUACAAAAACUUCAAGAACGGGAGAACAAAGAACUGGGAUUUUCCUUCAGAUCUUGUGUUUUCAAGGUUAAAUUUGUUUUUGGAGCGCUUGCAAAAAAUUGAGGCGGUAUACAAAACAUCUGGAGAGCUUUGGAAAUUAGAGAAAGUUGCAUUUCAAGGAAUAAAAGGAGGUGCGCUGGGAGCUGCAGUUCUCUCCGUUUAUGAGGAAUUCCUUGAGCUUAUAAAGAUGUUUCCUGAAUGCAGUUAUGAUCCAAUAGAUGCAAGUGAUAAGGGCUUUGAAAAGGACUUUAAAAGGUUUCAGAGGCACAUUACAGACUUUGAGCAGAGACUUGGGACAAUCUUUUGUCAAGCAUUUGAUGGCUGUGAAAUAACAGACUCAGCUGCAAAGCUGUUUGAAAUGUUUGGCUUUGUUCUGGAGAGACCUCUUCUUCACUCGCUGAUCUCCUCGAAGUACAAUAAAUUGUUGGAAAUGUUUGGCUUAGAGCUCGAUAGAAUCAAGCUCAUUUAUGAUGCUCAGAUGGCAUUACUGGAUACAUGUCCAGGUGUCCCUCCUAUUGCUAAGAAUAUGCCACCUGUUGCCGGACAACUGAAAUGGGUUCAAGAAUUAGAAGGCCGAUUGCAGAUGCAGACAAAGCGUGUUGAAACAAUUCUUCACAUGUACAUGGACACUGAGGAAAUGAAACUUGCCUGCCAAAAACACAAUGAGAUGAUGGACCUGUUGCAUGGUUACCAUGAUCGGGUUUAUGCACAGUGGUAUGCUAGGGUAGAUCUUGAAUGCAAGGUCAGCCUGGCCCAACCAUUACUGCUACGAAAGAAAGAAACAAAUGUACUUCAAGUUAAUUUCAAUAAGCAGCUUGUGGCUGUGCUGAGGGAGGUCAAAUACCUCAAAAUUCUAGGUCAAGAAGAUAUCCCUCCUUGUGCACAUGAUAUCUUUACCAGGCAUGAAACAUUCCGAAAAUAUGUUGCCAAUUUGGUCCUCAUUGCAUCUGGGUACAAUCAGGUUAAGGCUGCACUUCUACCUGUGGAAUUUUCACUUAUAAAGGAAGAAUUUCUGAACAUCGAUGAAGAGUUAGCAUACGCUGAAACUUCCCUCUGCUGGAAUAGUAAAGGUGUAUGGGAGUAUAUUGAGAAAAUGAGAGAUACUAUUCUUGAAGUCCAGAGCAGGAUUGACUUGGCCAAAUCUAACGUCAUAACAAUACAGGACAUCAUGAAAGAAUGGUUGGUGACUCAGAUGUUCGAAAGAAAAGACGGCAAGGAUGAGUCACUUCUUGAUUUAGAAGGAAGACAUGUUGCUCUAGAGAACAAAUAUAACAGCAUUAAAGAAUCUGGAGAGAAGAUUCACGCCUUGAUAGAAGAAAAUAAAAAGAUUUUUAGAGCAAAUGAAUGUUCAGAAUCUUGGAAAGAAUAUGCAGACUACAUUGAUGAUAAAGUCCUUGAUGGAUUGUUCAAGGUCCUCCAUAUGUCCCUUGAUUUUCUUGUAAACAAUAUGUGUGCAAAGACCAAGCAUCCCUUAUUUGAAGUGUCUUUAGCACUGGAGGAUGGAAAUACUGCCUUCCUUCCAUCUCUGAGUGAAGGGAUUCCAGAUGGCUUAUGCCCUAUUGUUGAAAACCUUAUUCAUGACAUUUAUACAACUGCCACGCUUAUCCCACGUAUAUCGAAGACAAAGACAUUCAGUUACAUGGUGGAACUUGAUGAAAGGCCUGAGCUUGCAGAUAUGCGUAAAGAGUUGAUGAGUCAAGUGUUGAAUGCAAUGAAGGAGGCACAGGAUUAUCUUGAGGGCUUACAUAAGUAUGCAUAUCUCUGGAAAGAUGAUCCAGAACAGAUCAUGGAACUGUUCCUAAUGUAUGCCAAAGUGUUCAAACAUGAUGACAUCGAAGCCAAUCUUCAUGAGAAUAUCCCAAAACAGCCAGCAACACUCAACGAUUUCAAAGAUGCGAUUGACACCUAUGAACACCUCUACUCAGAAGUGAACGAACUGAAGGGCACACAUUUAUUACAGCAGUGGCUUCAGAUUGACAUCAGGCCAUUUAAGGGGACUCUUCUCGAUAGCAUCCGAAAAUGGAGUUGGAUGUUUAAACAGAAUCUUAUUGAUGAUGUCACUAACAGCCUGAGGGAUCUGCAAGAUUUUAUUGCAAUGGUCAAGCAAGGCCUCACUAAGAUUGUGGUAGAGGGAGACCGUGAGUGUUUGGUGGAGGUAAUGGAGCGUCUAUAUAGAGUGAAAACCCGACAGGUGGCUACUGACAACAUGUUUAUACCACUGAAGGACACCAUUGAAUUCCUGAAAAUAUAUGAUGUGAAGUUUCCUCAAGAAGUCCAUACACAAUUACAGGACUUACCAGGGCACUGGAAUAAGCUGAAGAAUACUGCAGCUCAAGUCAAAGAAAAUCUUCUUCCACUGCAAGAGCAGGAAGGCAAUAUAAUUAAAGACAUGUGCCACCAAUUUCAGACGAAGCAGCUUGAGUUUCGAGAGGAGUUCAAACAGCAGCCCGUGUUCCUCUUUGCUUCUAAGAAUCCCCAUAAAGCCCUUGAUACGGCUCAAAAGACUGUCACUUCAUUUGAGACUGAACUAGAGAGCUUGCAGAAGAUGGCACAAUUAUUUGAAGUGAAUGUCCCAGAUGAUAAAGUGAUAAAAGCCUGUCAAAAAGACAUUGAUUUGCUGAAGGAACUAUGGAACAUGAUACACUUGGUUGUAGGACAUAUAGAUACCUGGAGAAGAACUCCCUGGAAAGAUAUACAUGUGGAUGACAUGGCCAGGGACUGCAAGAAGUUUGCAAAAGACUUCAAGGGUCUAGAUAAAGAAAUGAAGACAUGGGAUGCAUUCACAGGCGUGGAGAACAUGGUGAAGAACAUGAUAACAUCUUUGCGGGCAGUGGGAGACCUUCAGAGUCCAGCCAUCAGAGACAGGCAUUGGCAGCAACUGACGAAAGCAGCCAAGGUGAGCUUCGAAAUGUCAGAGGAAACUACAUUGGAUGACCUAUUGAAGCUGAACCUACAUACAGUUGAGGAUGAAGUCGUUAGAAUUGUUGACAGAGCUGUAAAAGAACUGGCAAUGGAAAAGGUCCUUCGUGAGCUGGACAACACCUGGAAAGAUUUCCUGUUUGAGUAUGACCCUCAUGGUCGCACAGGAACCAUGCUGUUGAAGCAGAAUGAAGUGCUGAUGGAGACUUUACAGGACAACCAGAUGCAGCUGCAGACACUUUUGACUUCCAAAUACAUUGCCCAGUUUCAGGAGGAGGUAUCAAGUUGGCAGCAGAAACUGUCCAUUGCAGACUCAGUCAUCUCUACCUGGUUCCAUGUGCAACAUACAUGGUCUUACCUAGAAUUUAUAUUCAUUGGUUCUGAAGACAUCCGUUCACAGUUACCGGAAGACUGUGAACGUUUUAAAGGCAUUGACAUUGAGUUCAAGGAAUUGAUGACUGAUGCCGUCAAAACUCCCCAUGUGCUUGACUGUACAAAUAAGAAAGGUCUUCCAGAGAAGCUGGAACAUUUAGAGGCUAGGUUGGCAACAUGUGAGAAGGCACUUGUAGAAUAUUUAGAGGUCAAAAGGCUUGCUUUUCCUCGAUUUUACUUUGUGUCCUCUGCGGAUCUCCUGGAUAUUUUGUCUACUGGCAACAAUCCUGUUGAGGUCACAAAGCACUUGCCUAAACUGUUUGACAGCAUAUCCAAUUUGAAAUUUCAACUUGAUGAAAACGAAAAACCUCUAAAACAGGCCCUGGGGAUGUACAGUAAUGAAAACGAAUAUGUAAACUUUGAUAUGGAAUGUGACUGUUCAGGACAGGUAGAGACAUGGUUAAACAGAGUGUUGGAAAGAAUGGUGGAAACAUUGCGAGUUAAAUUUGAAGACGCUGUCACAAGCUAUGAAAAGAAGUCCAGAGAACAGUGGCUCUUUGACCACCCUGCACAGAUUGCAUUAGCUACCACUCAGAUAUGGUGGACCAAUGAGGUGGGCCUGGCUUUAGCAAAACUUGAAGAAGGCUAUGAAAAUUCCAUGAAAGAGUACUUCAAGAAGCAGGUUUCACAACUAAAUGCCCUGAUCACUCUGCUGAUUGGUGAGCUCACUAAAGGAGAUCGGCAGAAGAUCAUGACUAUCUGUACAAUUGAUGUGCAUGCUCGCGAUGUCGUUGCUAAACUGGUUGCUAACAAAAUUGACAACAUUCAAGCAUUUAUGUGGCAGUCACAAUUGAGGCAUCGCUGGGAUAACAUCAGAAAGCAUUGCUAUGCUAACAUAUGUGAUGCACAGUUCCAAUACUCGUAUGAAUAUCUAGGAAACACACCUCGACUCGUUAUCACACCGCUGACUGAUAGGUGCUACAUUACACUUACCCAGUCUCUCCACCUCAUUAUGGGAGGGGCACCUGCAGGCCCUGCUGGAACAGGAAAGACAGAGACAACCAAAGAUUUGGGGAGAGCCUUGGGCAUUAUGGUCUAUGUGUUCAAUUGCUCUGAACAAAUGGAUUACAAGUCUUGUGGAGAUAUUUACAAAGGUUUGGCCCAGACUGGAGCAUGGGGCUGCUUUGAUGAGUUCAAUCGGAUAUCUGUGGAAGUGUUAUCUGUCAUAGCAGUACAGGUCAAGUGUAUUCACUCCGGUAUCCAGAGCAAAAAAACCACAAUUGAUUUUUUUGGCCAAAUCAUUAAACUGAUCCCAACUGUCGGUGUUUUCAUCACCAUGAAUCCUGGAUAUGCUGGCCGUGCUGAACUUCCAGAAAAUCUCAAAGCCCUUUUUAGGCCAUGUGCUAUGGUUGUUCCUGAUUUUGAACUGAUUUGUGAGAUUAUGCUGGUGGCAGAAGGAUUUACUGAAGCCAGAAUCCUGGCCAGGAAAUUUAUCACCCUUUAUAGUCUGUGUAAAGAAUUGCUCUCUAAACAGGAUCAUUAUGAUUGGGGACUGCGUGCAAUUAAGUCAGUGCUUGUGGUGGCUGGAUCCUUAAAGAGAGGAGAUCCAGGGAGGCCAGAAGACCAAGUGUUGAUGCGAGCCUUAAGAGACUUCAACAUUCCCAAAAUUGUGUUGGAUGACAAGCCAGUCUUUAUGGGACUUAUUGGAGAUCUUUUCCCCGCACUUGAUGUGCCUAGGAAGAGGAAUAUGGAAUUUGAGAAGUUGGUGAAGAAGUCUGUGCUGGAUCUCAAGCUUCAGGCAGAAGACAACUUUGUGCUAAAGGUGGUUCAGUUGGAGGAACUACUAACUGUCCGACAUUCAGUCUUUAUCAUUGGCAGUGCAGGGUGUGGAAAGUCCAAGGUUUUGAGGUCUUUGACCAAAACAUACCAAAACUUGAAGAAGAAGUCUGUUGUAGUGGAUUUAGAUCCUAAAGCUGUGACUUGCGAUGAGCUUUUUGGGAUUAUCAACCCUGCUACACGAGAGUGGAAAGAUGGUCUGUUUUCAUGUGUCAUGAGGGAUUUAGCUAACAUAACUCAUGAUGGGCCUAAGUGGAUUUUGUUGGAUGGUGAUAUUGACCCCAUGUGGAUUGAAUCCCUUAACACUGUUAUGGAUGACAAUAAGGUGCUGACUCUGGCUAGUAAUGAGCGUAUCCCAUUAAACCCCACUAUGCGACUAGUCUUUGAGAUCAAAGAUCUUCGAACCGCUACACCUGCUACAGUAUCUAGAGCUGGAAUCCUCUUUAUAAACUCUGCUGACCUAGGCUGGUUUCCAGUUGUGACGAGUUGGAUCGAGAAACGAGAUGUCCAGUCAGAGAAAGCAUAUUUGCCUUCUUUGUUUGAGAAGUAUCUGCCACCUUGCCUGGAAAAGCUGAAAUUCAGCUUAAAAACAAUAAUCCCUCUCCCAGAGAUAACACUCAUUCAAACACUACUGUACCUCCUGGAGUGCCUUCUGCUUCCUGAAAACAUCCCACCUGACGCCACUAAAGAACUAUAUGAGCUUUACUUGGUUUUUGCUUGUGUGUGGGCUUUUGGAAGUUCCAUGUUUCAGGAUCAGCUAAUUGAUUACCGUGUGGAAUUCAGCAAAUGGUGGAUAAGUGAAUUCAAGACCAUCAAGUUUCCAUCAGAGGGCACAGUGUUUGACUAUUUUAUUGACACAGACUCAAAACAGUUCAUUUUAUGGACAAAAAAAGUACCUACAUUCACUCUGGAUCCAGAUAUUCCUCUGCAGGCUUCCUUGGUUCACACUGCUGAGACCAUUCGUAUACGUUAUUUCCUGGAUGAGCUAAUAGGGAGAAAAAGGCCAGUAAUGUUGGUAGGAAAUGCUGGCAGUGGAAAGUCUGUGAUCAUGGGAGACAAACUGCGUAGCCUUAACACAGAUAACUAUAUGAUUCAGUCUGUGCCUUUUAACUUCUACACUACUUCUGCAAUGCUUCAAGCCAUUUUGGAAAAGCCUUUGGAGAAGAAAGCAGGUCGUAACUACGGUCCCCCAGGAAACAAAAGACUGAUCUACUUCAUAGAUGAUAUGAACAUGCCUGAGGUUGACAAAUACUUCACUGUUGCCGCACACACGCUCAUCCGUCAACACAUGGAUCACGGCCACUGGUAUGACAGACAAAAACUGACACUGAAAGACAUCCACCACUGCCAGUAUGUGGCUUGCAUGAACCCCACUGCUGGCAGUUUCACUAUUGAUUCCCGACUACAGAGGCACUUUUGUGUGUUUGCUGUGAGCUUCCCUGGCCAAGAUGCCCUGUUCAGCAUCUACAACAGCAUGUUUUCACAACAUCUGGAUAUGAAAGGCUUCUCUCCUGAACUAGCUAGUUUCUGCUCAAAAUUUGUUAAUUCAGCUCUUAAGUUUCAUCACAAGAUAACAGCAUCUUUUCUUCCAACGGCUGUCAAAUUUCAUUACGUCUUCAAUCUUAGAGAUCUGUCCAACAUCUUCCAGGGUUUAUUGUUCUCCACUCCAGAGUGUGUGAAAGAUACUUUCGAUCUUAUCAGAAUCUGGAUGCAUGAAUGCAACCGAGUCUAUAGAGACAGGUUAACAGAUGUACCCGACAUCGAACUCUUCGAGAAGAUUCAGGAAGACGUUUGCAAAUCUUGCUUUGAGGAAAUUGAUUCAGGAAAGCUUAUGGAGAAGCCAAAUAUCUACUGCCACUUUGCACAAGGAAUUGGAGAUCCACAAUAUUUUCCCAUACCAAGCUGGACAGCAUUGAAUAAACUUUUGACUGAAGCCCUUGAAAGUUACAAUGAAGUGAAUGCAGCCAUGGAUCUGGUUCUUUUUGAGGAUGCCAUGUCCCAUAUUUGCAGGAUUAACCGUAUACUGGAGAAUCCCAGAGGCAAUGCACUGUUAGUGGGGGUAGGGGGAAGUGGAAAGCAGUCAUUGUCUCGUUUGGCAGCUAGCAUCAGUAAUUUUGAGGUGUUUCAAAUUACUCUUAGGAAGGGAUAUGGGAUUUCUGACCUAAAGUUGGACCUAAAUGCUCAGUAUAUUAAGGCUGGCGUGAAGAACAUAGGCACAGUGUUCUUGAUGACAGACUCGCAGGUGGCAGAGGAGGUGUUCCUGGUGCUUAUUAAUGACCUGCUGGCUUCAGGGGAAAUCCCUGGCCUGUUCCAGAAUGAUGAGGUCGAAAACAUCAUAGCUGCUAUGAGGAAUGAGAUGAAAGACACUGGCCUGCCAGACACACGAGAUAAUUGCUGGAAAUUCUUCAUUGACAGAGUUAGGAGACAGUUGAAGGUGAUUUUGUGCUUUUCUCCAGUGGGCUCAACUUUAAGAGCUCGAGCUCGCAAAUUCCCUGCUGUAGUUACCUGUACAUCUAUUGACUGGUUCCAUGAGUGGCCAAAAGAAGCUUUGGUGUCUGUCAGUGCUCGCUUCCUGUCUAAGACAGAAGGCAUUACGCCUGAAAUCAAAGACUCUUUAAGUCUGUUUAUGGCUUAUGUUCACAAGUCAGUGAAUGACAUGUCAAAAAGCUACCUCCUGUCAGACCGCCGCUAUAAUUACACCACCCCAAAAACCUUUCUGGAGCAGAUUAAGCUCUAUCAGAAUCUGCUUAGUGCAAAAAGGUCAGAACUGCUGUCAAAAAAGGAACGACUUGUGCAGGGAUUGGACAAAUUGGAGAAUACCUCUGCUCAGGUAGAUGACCUGAAUGAUAAACUGGCAGUUCAAAAAGUAGAGCUCAAACAGAAGAAUGAAGAUGCUGCUAAGCUUAUUCAAGUUGUAACAACAGAAACAGAGAAGGUAUCCCAGGAGAAAGCCAUUGCUGAUGAGGAGGAGCUGAAAGUUCAAGUCAUUGCCAAGAACGUAGGGGAGAAGCAAAAGUCUUGUGAAGAGGACCUAGCCAAAGCUGAGCCUGCUCUUCUAGCUGCACAAGAGGCUUUAAACACACUGAAUAAGAACAACUUAACUGAACUUAAGUCAUUUGGCUCACCUCCGGAGGCUGUGGUUAAUGUCACAGCAGGUGUGAUGAUCCUCCUUGCCCCUGGGGGCAAAAUCCCCAAAGACAAAAGUUGGAAAGCAGCUAAAAACAUGAUGGCAAAAGUGGAUUCUUUUCUGGACAGUCUGAUCAAAUACAAUAAGGAGAAAAUACCUGAUACCUGUAUGAAAGCUUUCGAACCCUUCAAGAAUGACCCCAAGUUUGAGCCAGAAUUUAUUCGUUCAAAGUCAAUAGCUGCUGCUGGACUCUGUUCAUGGUGUAUCAAUAUUGUAAAGUUCUAUGAAGUCUUUUGUGAUGUGAAGCCCAAAAGGAUGGCCUUAGAGCAGGCCAAUGCUGACUUGGCUGCAGCCAGAGACAAAUUGUCCGUUAUCACAACCAAAAUUGCGGAACUGAAUGCAAAUUUGGCCAAAUUGACAGCUGAAGUCGAGAAAGCAAAAGAAGACAAACAAAAGUGUCAGGAGGAAGCUGAUGCUACUAAUAAGACUAUUUCCCUUGCCAACAGACUUGUUGGAGGUUUAUCAUCUGAGAAGAUCCGCUGGUCAGAAUUAGUAGCCCAGUUAAACAGUCAGGAAAAAACACUCUGUGGCGAUGUCAUGCUGAUUUCAGCUUUUGUGUCAUAUGUUGGAUAUUUCACAAAGAAAUAUCGCAGCGACCUCAUGGACAAAUAUUGGCUUCCUUAUCUCAAGGAACUUAAGGACCCCAUUCCCAUCACAGAGGGUCUAGAUUCCCUGACCCUCCUUACAGACGAUGCAGCAAUAGCAGCUUGGAGCAACCAAGGUCUGCCUAGUGACCGCAUGUCUGUUGAAAAUGCCACCAUCCUCUGCAACACUGAGCGCUGGCCAUUGAUCGUGGAUGCACAGCUCCGCGGCAUCAAAUGGAUAAAGACCAAAUACGGAGACGACCUUAAAAUCAUCCGUCUGGGGCAGAGAGGAUACCUUGACAGUAUUGAGAAUGCAGUAUCCUGUGGAGAUGUACUGUUGCUUGAAAAUAUCAGUGAGAAUAUAGAGCCUGUGCUGGACCCAUUGCUUGGAAGGAAUACAAUUAAGAAGGGAAAGUAUAUAUGUAUCGGUGACAAGGAGGUAGAAUACCACCCUAACUUUCGACUCAUCCUUCACACGAAGCAUUUCAAUCCUCACUAUAAACCAGAGACACAAGCUCAGUGCACUCUGAUUAAUUUCCUUGUGACACGUGAUGGGCUGGAAGACCAGCUGUUAGCAGCUGUUGUUGCAAAAGAGAGACCUGACUUGGAAGAGCUUAAGGCAGAGCUCACCAUACAGCAAAAUACAUUUAAGAUUACACUGAAGGAGCUAGAGGACUCCCUGCUUGCCCGUAUAUCAGCUGCCUCAGGAAACUUCCUUGGUGACACAGCGCUAGUGGAAAACCUGGAGACCACCAAGAAAACUGCAACUGAGAUUGAGCAAAAGGUGUUAGAAGCAAAGAUAACAGAAAAAAAGAUCAACCUGGCAAGAGAGAGCUAUAGAUCUGUGUCUAUCCGUGCAGCUCUGAUGUUCUUCAUUCUCAGCGAUCUUAAUAAAAUAAACCCCAUCUAUCAGUUCUCCCUAAAGGCAUUUACAAAGGUGUUUGAGGUAGCCAUUAUGCGAAGUGAGCCAGCUGAAGAUGUGAACCAGCGGGUGGAGAACCUUAUCAAUGAAAUCACUUACUCCGUCUUCAUGUAUACCAACCGCUGCUUGUUUGAGAAGGAUAAACUCACAUUCAUUGCUCUGAUUGUUUUCCAAAUACUGGUCAGAAACAAGGAGAUCAACCCAUCAGAACUGGACUUCUUGCUAAGAUUCCCUUUUAAAGCUGGCUUGGUAUCACCUGUUGAUUUCCUCUCCAACCAGGGAUGGGGUGGAAUAAAGGCUUUGGCUGAAAUGGAUGACUUUAAAGAUCUAGACAACGAUAUAGAAAGCUUAGCCACAAGCUGGAAGAAGUUUGUAGAGUCUGAGGCUCCAGAGAAGGAGCUCUUCCCCCGAGACUGGAAGAAAAAGACUGCCAUACAGAAGCUCUGUAUGAUGAGAUGCAUGAGACCUGACCGAAUGUGUUACGCUAUCAGAAACUUUGUUGAGGCGAAGCUUGGGACCAAAUAUGUGGAUGGUCGUAGUGUGGAGUUUUCUGUGUCCUUUGAAGAGAGCAGCUCAUCCACACCUAUGUUCUUCAUCCUCUCUCCUGGAGUUGACCCACUAACAGAUGUGGAAGCACUAGGCAAGAAGAUGGGCUUUACUACUGACAAUGGCAAGUUUCACAAUGUGUCUCUGGGUCAGGGUCAGGAGGUAGUGGCUGAGGCCGCUUUGGACAAGGCAGCAGUGGAGGGGCAUUGGGUCAUCCUGCAGAACAUCCACCUUGUCGCGAAAUGGCUGGGUACUUUGGAUAAAGCUAUAGAGAAGUACAAUAUUGGGAGCCAUGAUGAUUUCCGUGUGUUUAUGAGUGCUGAGCCAGCCCCUACCCCUGAGUCUCACAUUAUCCCACAAGGCCUACUAGAAAACGCUAUCAAAAUCACCAAUGAGCCCCCUACUGGCAUGCUAGCCAACCUGCAUAAAGCACUUGACCUCUUCAAUCAGGACACUUUGGAGAUGUGCACAAAGGAGUCAGAAUUCCAGGUCAUUCUGUUUGCCAUGUGUUAUUUCCAUGCUGUGGUGGCUGAGAGACGCAAGUUUGGAGCACAAGGCUGGAACAGGGCUUACCCUUUCAACAAUGGAGACCUUACUAUCUCUAUCAGUGUCCUCUACAACUACCUAGAGGCCAAUCCAGAGGUUCCCUGGGAUGAUCUGCGUUACUUGUUUGGCGAGAUCAUGUACGGUGGCCACAUUACUGAUGACUGGGACCGAAGACUAUGCAGGACAUAUCUUCAGGAGUAUAUGCAGCCACAGAUGAUAGAGGAUGAAAUGGAGCUUGUGCAAGGCUUUCCUGUACCACAUAACUUGGACUACAAGGGAUAUCAUAUGUACAUUGAUGAGGUUUUGCCACCCGAGAGCCCAUAUUUGUAUGGAUUACAUCCUAAUGCUGAGAUUGGCAUCUUAACUAUCACCUCUGAGAAGCUCUUCCGUACUGUGCUGGAGCUCCAGCCUAAAGAGUCUGUCUCUGAUGGAGUUGGUGUUACCUCUCGAGAGGAUAAGGUGAAGGACAUCCUAGAAGAGAUUUUGGAAAAGCUGCCAGAAGAAUUUAAUAUGACAGAGCUUAUGUCAAAAGUGAAUGUGAAAACCCCAUUUAUUAUUGUUGUGUUCCAAGAAUGUGAGAGGAUGAAUAUGCUCACCAAGGAAAUCUCAAGAUCAUUGAAUGAACUCAGUUUAGGUCUGAAGGGAGAGUUAACCAUCACUACAGACAUGGAAGAGCUAGAAAAUGCUCUGUUUUUAGAUGCAGUUCCAGAGUCUUGGACAAAGCUUGCUUACCCUUCUCUACAAGGGCUGGGUGAUUGGUAUGCAGACCUCCUCCACAGAAUCAAGGAACUGGAGACAUGGACAGCUGAAUUUGCCAUGCCUGCUGCAGUUUGGCUGUCUGGCUUUUUCAACCCCCAGUCUUUCCUCACUGCCAUCAUGCAGUCCACAGCCAGGAAAAAUGAAUGGCCAUUAGACAAGAUGUGUCUGUCUGUAGAAGUCACUAAAAAGGAACGGGAGGACAUGACCGUGGCACCCAGAGAUGGUGCUUAUAUCCAUGGUCUUUUCAUGGAAGGAGCUCGCUGGGACACCCAGACUGGUACAAUUGCUGAUGCUCUUUUAAAGGAGUUGACACCUGCUAUGCCUGUGAUCUAUAUUAAUGCCAUUCCAAUCGACCGCCAGGAGACCAAGAAUGUCUACGAGUGUCCAGUGUACAAAACACGUAUGCGUGGGCCCACUUAUGUUUGGACAUUUAAUCUUAAAACAAAAGAGAAGCCAACUAAGUGGGUGUUGGCAUCAGUAUGCCUGCUUCUUAGUGUCUAAUGCAGUAACCAGUUAUUCGCAGAGAAGAAACUUCCAUGUACAUAAAAUCAAAACCUUAUUGAAAUGUCAGAUGUGUCAUGGUGUUACUUAUAUAUUUUCCAACACAACCACAAGGGGGCAGUCUAACAGUAUUUUGGGUCCUUGUUUUGUUUUGCUAUCUAUCUAUACAGUAUAUAUCUAAUAUAUAUAUAUAUAUAUAUAUAUAUAUAUAUAUAUAUAUAUAUAUAUAUAUAUAUAUAUAUAUUAGAUAUAUAUUAGAUAUAUACUGUAUAGAUAUAUAUAUCUUUUAUAUAGAUUGUGUUAAUAAAUAUCUUUUUUAUGGGAAAGCUUUUGAGCUCUGGAUGUUCAGAUAGCAUCUGAAAUAUAGGCCUGAAUACGAUACAUACAUACCGCACAAAUCAACUCCAGAUGUUAUUGGCAGAGAGCUAAAAGAGGUUAUUGGCAGUACAGUGCAGCACCUAAAGACUGACAGCACUGGAAUAACGCAUUGCCAAUUUUGUUCUGUGGUCUGGCCAUACUACUCUACACUUGGCUAUGUGAUGGGAUUUGGGCAUGGGGAACCACUGCAGUGGCAUUGCGGAUUCUCAGGAACCCACUGUCUGCCAGAUUAGGCUUUUGAGUGCAAUUAUAUUUACAGAAACAUUGAGUGUGCUAAGAAAAACUGAACAACAAUUCAGACAAACCAAAAAGCAAUCCAUAAACAAACGCAAUCCAUGGUCCCUGCAAAGUCUAGGUACUUGAGGUAUUGAUGGUAACAGAGCACAGUAUUGACUGUUGAACACACUAUGUCUUUUUUUCCAUUAGAUUCAGUUCAUUAGCUAAUCACCUUCAUUGUAGUGCGCACAUCCAGUCUGAAAUUAACCAACCUGGCAUGAGCUGCAAGAAGUCCACCGGCUCAGUUAUACUGUUUCUC